AUGCAGGCGCUGGUAGGCGCUCUCCGCCCGACGCUCGCGGGACCGCUGGACCAGCACACAGAUAUCCGGGAUCUGCUGCCCGAGCAGGGAGGCUUUUUCGAUUGGAGGAAGGUGCUUGCUGGGUUCUCGAAAACGCACCCACCAGCGGACAAGCGCGACUCUGAACCGUGUCCCACGGGUGUCGCAUCUGAAAAUCGGGGCGCUGCACACUGCCCGCACAGCGUGUCUCCUGUUUCUGUUGCUCCGGUGGUGGUGCGAUUCCAUAGUCUUGAUGAAAUGGUAGCCUGGGCGUUUUCUGCGCCACCGCGGAUACUGUCAACCGAGGACCACACGACCUGGAAUGUGUCGGCGAUGCCGAACGCAGGUCCUGGCCCGACCUCGUCCAGGCGGGCGCAGGUCUUCGUUGGCGACCUGAGUGGGAACGUUUCCGAGCGAGAUCUGGUGGAUUGCUUCUCAAACUACGGUGCGGUUCGAAGUGCCUACAUCAAGAGAGAUCCGGUUACCGGCAAAUGUGUCGGAUUUGGGUUCGUCGAGUUUCAGCACAGCCGCGACGCUGAGCGUGCCAGAUUGCUCGCGCAUCGUCUACGCAUCUGCUCGCGACGCAUUCGGCUGGGGCCCGCGUACCAUCGCCGUAACGGCUACGAAGUCGUCGCAUACGAAGCACCUCGAGAUAUGACCAACGAGCGCCUACACGAUUUUCUGGCGCAGCGCUUUGAUGAUGACGUUUUCGAUCCACAUGGCACGUUUGUGGUUGAACCUGAACGCCUUGGCCCGUUGUGGUACGGCGCGGAGCGAGUGGUGCGGAUUCGGUUUCGGCAGUCGUGGGUCGCGGACCUUAUCGUCCAAGCGGGAUGGAUCGAGUGGUCGCCUGGCGUCCGUUCGCCAGUGCACGCUGCUCAGCCGUACUCCAUAUGCCGCAACGGUGUCGAGUUACAAUUCGGUGAUGGCUGGAUGCCUCCCGAUGCGCUCAUAAGGCCGCAUUUCGAUGCUUUCGGGGCUCCGAUCCAAGCCGUGCUCACUGUGCCGUCCCGACAGGUGGCCUAUGUGAUUUUCGAGGCCUCGUGGCGAGGCAUCCAUGCCGCACUUCAUUCGAUGCGCAAAGUUCGGACCAUCUCAACGAGACAGGUAUGGUGUCAUCAUUGCAAAGUCUCCACCGAGUUUCUUCUUGCCUAUGGCAUGGCUCUGGAGGACUGGAGGCUGCGUCAGAAUGGACGCAUUCCUCAUGAUUCCCAUGUCAUUUACAUUGGCUGCCCGGCCACUCUACCGGAUCUAUUAGUGGAUCGACCCUGUUGA